AUGUGGCAUCUCGUCGACGGCAGAUCCCUCACAUCCGAGGCUCUAGCAAAAGCUGCCGUUAUAGUUGCUGUCGAGGUUUUGCUACUCGGAAGUUCGUUGCUCAAUAUUUGCGUAAUAUCCACAACAACCGAACUCUACGAUGUUAUAGGCUGUUAUCUGAUCUCACUAUCAGUCGCAGAUUUACUAUCAGCUCUGUUCAUCAUCCCACUCAGCCUUUAUUCCACUCUUGAUAGUGAAUGGAGAUUCUCAGGAGAUAAUACUUUAUUAUGUAAGGGUUCAACAUAUCUUCAAGUUGCUUUGUUUUGUUCCACUGUCUACACGUUUGCCUGGAUCUGCGUUGAUAGAUAUUCGGCUAUGAUGAAACCAUCUCGGUAUGCUGAUCAAUCUCUAACAAGAUGUAAAUGCUGGAUUGUCUUCAGUUGGAUAACUUCUCUACUCUUAUGUUGUCCGAUAGUUGUAGCUCAAAUGCAGGUUAUUUUCUAUGAAGACGCCCAGCUCUGUGUUUUGGAUUGGACGGCAACUUCAGCUUACAGUUUAACUAUAAUAUUACUCGUCUUUCUUCCUACUCUAGUCACAGUUUUCAAUACAGGAUAUAAAAUUAUGAAAGCUAUGCGCUAUCCCGAUGAAUUGGAGGAUAGCCAGAGAAUGGUCAUCGAAACAGAUCCGAAUUUUGUGCUCACAAUGUUUCUCUUAGUUGCCUUCGUUAUGUCCUGGAUGCCUUUGCUAUGCUUGAAAGUUUUCGAAUAUAUUGUGCCACCACAACCAGACACGGAUCUCUCUCUGGUAACUUUCAUCUUCUGCUGGCUUGCCAUAUCUGGUCCAUCUUCUAAAUUUUUAAUUUACAUGUUUAUAAAUAGCUCUUAUCGUAAUAGCUUCCUCAAUAUAAUUUCAUGUUGCUGCUUCUUUCGCCGGCGUCAGGAAUACCGAGAUAUUGGAUUCAAUUCCUAUUUAUAG